CUUCCUUUUCAGGCCAUGGGAGUUGGGAGAUGCCGUGGUCACUCCUCAGGUGCUCAGGGAGGAAGCAGCAAGUGGCAGGAGUGGGUGGAGAUGCUUCUGUCACUGGCAGGAGAUAAAUACAGAGAUGGCAGGCACUUGGCUUCUUGUGGCAUUCUGAUGACCAGAACUUCCCCUGUGAUGAGCCACACUUUUUCAAGAAACUUCUUCAAUGUUGCUGCACCACUAAUAAAUAAAAGAAAAGAAUAUUCUGAAAGAAGAAUUAUAGGGUAUUCCAUGCAGGAGAUGUAUGAAGUUGUUGCUGUUGUGGAGAAUUACAAACUCUUUGUUCCUUGGUGUAAAAAGUCCGACAUUCUCUCGAGGCGCUCUGGGUACUGCAAAGCAGAGCUGGAAAUAGGAUUCCCUCCUGUAGUAGAGAGAUACACAUCCAUUGUAACCCUAGUGAGACCACAUUUAGUUAAGGCAUCAUGCACAGAUGGGAAACUCUUUAAUCACUUGGAAACAGUGUGGCGUUUGAGCCCUGGUAUCCCUGGGUAUCCAAGGACAUGUACAUUGGAUUUUUCAAUUUCUUUUGAAUUUCGUUCACUUCUACACUCAAAACUUGCUACACUAUUUUUUGAUGAAGUUGUAAAGCAGAUGGUUGCUGCCUUUGAAAGAAGAGCAUCCAAACUCCACGGCCCAGAAACCAGCAUUCCUCGGGAGCUGAUGCUGCAUGAAGUUCAUCAGACGUAAAGGGAAACUGUAACAACCCCAGCUAUAAACUUGUCUGUACACUUCA